AGGGGAGGCUCCUUGUGCUGGGCUCUGGUGGGCAGGAUGAGGCCUGGGAGCAGCCUGGGGUUUGUUCUUUUCUGCUGGCUCCUGGGGGAGGCAGCUGCUGCUUACAACCCCUGGGGCUUCCUGAGAGGGGAGGCAGAGCUAUGGGGGGCUCCUGCCGUGGGGCAGCCCCCUAACUUCUCCCCGUGGCCAUGGGUGGAUGUCUCCCAGCUCCAGGCUGCUGCCCCCCUGCACCCCGUGGCCGUGCAGUGCCAGGAGGCGCAGGUGGUGCUCACGGUGCACCGGGACCUCUUUGGCACCGGGCGCCUGGUCCGGGCUGGGGACCUGACCCUGGGCACAGCUGGCUGCCCGCCCACAGCCCAAAAUGCUGCUGAGAACGUGGUGACCUUCGUGGCCGGGCUGCAUGAGUGUGGCAGCACCCUCAGGGUGACCCCUGGUGCUCUGAUCUACAGCACAACGUUAAACUACAGCCCGGUCCACGCAGGCAACCCCGUCAUCGUCCGCACCAGCCCUGCCGUGGUUCCCAUCGAGUGCCACUACCCCAGGAGGAGCAACGUGAGCAGCAGUGCCAUCAGGCCCACCUGGGCACCUUUCCGCUCCACCGUGGCCUCAGAGCAGAAGCUGCUCUUCUCCCUGCGCCUGAUGAGUGAUGACUGGAGUGCCGAGAGAGCCUCGGCCGUGUUCCAGCUGGGAGAGGUCCUGCACUUCCAAGCCGGGGUCAAUGCGGAGAACCACGCGCCCCUGCGGCUCUUCGUGGACAGCUGCGUGGCCGCCCCAGGCCCGGAGAGGGGCUCCUCUCCCCAGUACGCCUUCAUCGACUCCAGCGGGUGCCUGGUGGAUGGGCAGCUGGAUGAUGCCACCUCGACUUUCGUAUCUCCGAGGCCGCGGCCAGAUGUGCUGCAGUUCACGGUGGAGGCGUUCAAGUUUGCAGCAGACUCCAGCAGCCUGAUCUACAUCACCUGCCACCUGAAGGCCUCCCUGGCCGACCGUGCUCCCGAUGCUCUGAACAAGGCUUGUUCUUUCGACAAAGCCAGCAGCCUCUGGACGCCUGUGGAAGGCCCCCGGGAUGUGUGCUCCUGCUGCGAGGGUCGGCGCUGCCCCUCGGGGGGGCUCUCCAGGAGGCUCCAGGCUCCCCCCCGCUGGCAAGGAGGACGCUCCCGGAGGGACCUCUCCUCCCAGCCCGAUCCCGUGGUGGAAGAAGAGGACGUGGUGCUUGGCCCCCUGCUCAUCCACAGCUGGCAACAUCCCACCAGGGGCAGGAUGCCCUCAGGAGCUGCAGGAGGUCACCUGGGGCUGGUCCUGGGGCUGGCUGCGGUUUUUGGCUUGGUCGUCCUGAUCCUGGCUGCUCUGGGAGCUCUGACUGCCUGCCGCCGGCCCAGCAAUCCUGUCUGAGAUGUUGUCAGCUUUUAUGGCCUGUCCAAUAAAGAAGAGUAAACCUGAAAGGCUGGGGGACUUCCUGGGGUGGGGGUAGAGAAGAAUGUUGGAACCGGAGCUAAGCAAACCCGUGUUCACCCGUAAAACCCCAGUUUUAACCCAUUAGCUGG